UCGUCCACUGCGAAGAGGCCAAGAGACGCCACCCCGCAGAUUUCAAAAAUCCCAUCAAACUGAAAGUUACACUCCGGAAAGUGAUGCUCCAAUAUUCAGCCACCUCAGCUUCCAUCCAAGAUAUUUAUCGAGAGAGAGAGAGUAUAUUUUGCCUGACUUCCAUUAGUUCUUUACAUAUUGGUCGAUGUGAAGAGGCGAUUUAGCUCGUGGGUUGGAUGAGUUCUUUGAAGCUUUAGUAUAAAGCGGGUUUGAAAUCAAGCAAGAGGGUUUAUUAUUUUAUAUUUUUUGAGAUUUUUUCUUCCAAUCAUGGCGGCAAAUCUUGGCUGGGAUGAGCUAGCAGCAGCCAGAUCCCUAAGCCCGAGAUCCGGCAGUCGGAGACUCAGCUUUGCAUCUAUCAGUACGAGGAGUUGGGCUUCGGCUAGCGUCCGAGAAGUUUUUACUGCACCAGGACAGGAUGCUUUUCACAGAAGUGGGAGAGAGUAUGAUGAUCAAGAUGAGCUUAUGUGGGCUGCCAUUGAGAGGCUUCCCACGUAUGAUCGUGUAAGAAAAGGAAUUCUUAAACAAGUGUUGGAUGAUGGGAAAGUUGUUCGUGAAGAGGUUGAUGUUGCCCAUCUGGGAAAUCAAGAUAAGAAGUUGCUAAGGGAGAACAUUCUUAAAGUCGUCGAAGAAGAUAAUGAGAGGUUCCUCCAGAGACUAAGGGAUAGGACUGAUAGGGUUGGAAUCGAUAUACCCACGGUAGAAGUUCGUUAUGAGCAUUUGUCUAUUGAAGGAGAUGCAUAUGUAGGAUCAAGGGCACUUCCUACUCUGCUGAAUGCGGCCUUAAAUCUGGUUGAGGGAGUUCUUGAAAGAGUGAAGAUUCUCCCUUCCAAGAAAAGGGUUGUCAAGAUACUUCAUGAUGUCAGUGGAAUCGUAAAACCAUCAAGGUUGACACUGCUUCUUGGGCCUCCCAGCUCUGGGAAAACUACAUUGAUGAAGGCACUUGCUGGAGAGCUGGAAAAGGGUCUUAGGGUAUCGGGGAAAAUCACGUAUUGUGGUCAUGAAAUGUCAGAGUUCAUUCCCCAGAGGACUUGUUCUUACAUCAGCCAGCAUGACCUUCAUCAUGGAGAGUUGACUGUCCGAGAAACAUUGAAUUUUUCGGGGCGUUGUCUAGGAGUCGGAACCAGAUAUGACCUCCUUGUAGAAUUGUCCCGGCGAGAAAAAAAUGCGGGAAUCAAACCUGACCCCGAAAUAGAUGCGUUCAUGAAAGCCACAGCAUUGGCAGGACAAGAAUCUAGUUUAGUCACGGACUAUGUUCUCAAGAUACUUGGUUUAGACAUUUGCGCUGAUAUAAUGGUGGGAGAUGAGAUGAGAAGGGGAAUCUCUGGUGGACAGAAGAAGAGGCUCACAACUGGAGAGAUGUUGGUUGGACCAGCGAAAGUUUUCUACAUGGAUGAGAUCUCAACUGGUCUUGACAGUUCAACAACAUUUCAAAUAAUCAAGUAUAUGAGACAAAUGGUUCAUAUCAUGGAUGUUACAAUGAUAAUAUCGCUUCUCCAACCCGCCCCCGAAACGUUUGAACUUUUUGAUGACAUCAUUUUGCUUUCAGAAGGAAAAAUUGUCUAUCAGGGUCCUCGUGAAAACAUCCUUGAGUUUUUUGAAAGUGUUGGGUUCAAAUGUCCAGAAAGAAAAGGAGUUGCAGAUUUUCUGCAAGAGGUUACUUCUAAAAAGGACCAGGAACAAUACUGGUUCAAGAAGAAUGAACCUUAUAGCUAUAUCUCAGUAGAUGAGUUUGUGGAACGCUUCAGCUCUUUCCACAUUGGGCAGAAGCUUUUUGACGAUCUAUCAAUUCCAUAUGACAAAACUAAUGCCCAUCCUGCUGCAUUAGUAACUGAUAAAUAUGGAAUAUCCAAUAUGGAACUCUUCAAAGCAUGUUUGGCAAGGGAAUGGUUAUUGAUGAAACGCAACUCGUUCUUGUAUAUAUUCAAGAUAUUCCAGAUAACUAUUAUGUCAAUUAUAACCUUUACAGUGUUCUUCCGAACAGAGAUGAAAUCUGGCCAAAUCGUAGAUGGACAAAAAUUUUAUGGUGCACUGUUUUUCAGCCUCAUUAAUGUGAUGUUUAAUGGCACAGCAGAACUUGCCCUGACAGUUAUUAGACUUCCUGUGUUCUUCAAACAAAGGGAUGCUCUGUUUUUCCCUGCUUGGGCUUUUUCUUUACCAAUUUGGCUUCUUAGGAUCCCCCUCUCUCUAAUGGAAUCAUUAAUAUGGAUUGUUCUUACUUAUUACACUAUUGGUUUCGCUCCUGCUGCCAGUAGAUUUUUCCGCCAACUACUGGCAUUUUUUGCUCUACAUCAAAUGGCUUUAUCCCUCUUCCGUUUUAUUGCCGCACUUGGAAGAACACAAGUUGUUGCUAACACUCUUGGUACCUUUUCACUACUAAUGGUCUUUGUCCUUGGUGGUUUUAUUAUUGCCAAAGAUGACAUUGAACCAUGGAUGAUAUGGGGCUAUUACAUUUCUCCUAUGAUGUAUGGACAGAAUGCUAUAGCCAUUAAUGAAUUUCUUGAUAAGAGAUGGAGUACUCCAAACACCGAUCCAAGAUUUCCCGAACCUACAGUUGGGAAGGUUCUUCUUAAGGCAAGGGGCAUGUUUAUGGAUGACUACAUGUAUUGGAUAUGUGUUGUUGCACUCUUUGCAUUUUCCAUUCUCUUCAAUAUCUGUUUUAUUGUGGCACUGACAUACCUGAAUCCCUUCGGCAAUUCGAAAUCUGUUAUUGUGGAUAAGGAUAAUGAAAAUAAGAAAAAGAAGGAUCCAGUCUCUAAUGAAAGAUCAACUACCGAGAGUUCUUCAGGCUCCGCUGCUCCAAAGUCUGAAGGUAUAGAUAUGACAGUGAGGAACAAGUCCGAAGGAAACAAUUCUGGAGAGAGCUCAACCAAGAAAAAAGGAAUGGUGCUUCCUUUCACACCCUUGUCUCUCGCUUUUGACCAUGUGAAUUACUACGUUGAUAUGCCGGCAGAAAUGAAAAAGCAAGGAAUUGAAGAAUCUCGUCUUCAACUCUUGAGAGAUGUAAGUGGUGCUUUCAGGCCAGGGGUCCUAACUGCAUUAGUUGGUGUUAGUGGUGCUGGGAAGACCACCUUGAUGGAUGUGUUGGCAGGUAGAAAAACUGGUGGAUACAUUGAAGGAAGUAUCAAUAUUUCUGGUUAUCCAAAGAACCAAUCAACUUUUGCUCGCAUCAGCGGUUACUGUGAACAAAAUGAUAUUCAUUCUCCCCACGUAACAGUGUACGAGUCCCUUCUGUACUCUGCUUGGUUGCGUCUUUCUCCAGAUGUGAACAAGCAAACACGAAAGGUUUGUCAACUUGCAGGGGAUCUUUGUUACUUUUCACUGCAAGAGAUGUUUGUUGAGGAAGUAAUGGAGUUGGUCGAGUUGAAUCCCUUGAGAGAUGCUUUAGUUGGUCUUCCAGGAGUAGAUGGUCUGUCAACUGAACAGAGAAAGAGGCUCACCAUAGCUGUAGAACUGGUUGCGAAUCCAUCCAUAAUCUUCAUGGACGAACCCACAUCUGGUCUUGAUGCUAGAGCUGCAGCAAUUGUGAUGCGCACUGUACGAAACACCGUAGAUACCGGACGAACUGUUGUCUGCACUAUUCACCAACCAAGUAUAGAUAUUUUUGAAGCUUUUGAUGAGCUAUUGUUGAUGAAGAGAGGAGGACAAGUUGUUUAUGGUGGACCUCUUGGUCAUCAUUCUUGCUUGUUAAUAGAAUAUUUUCAAUCUAUACCUGGGGUUCCAAAGAUCAAUGAAGGUUACAAUCCUGCUACUUGGAUGCUUGAGAUCAGUACUCCUGCAGUUGAGGCUCAACUUAAUGUGGAGUUUGCCGAAAUUUAUGCCAACUCUGAUUUAUACAGGAGGACACAAGCACUUAUCAAACAGAUCAGCUCUCCAGCCCCAGGGUCCAGUGACCUGUAUUUUCCUACAAAAUAUGCCCAAUCCUUUAUAUCUCAGUGCAAAGCUUGCUUCUGGAAGCAUUACUUGUCUUACUGGAGGCAUCCUCAAUACAAUGCCAUUAGGUUUUUUAUGACAACAAUUAUUGGGAUUAUAUUUGGAGUUAUUUUCUGGAAGAAGGGGAGAAAUAUGUCUAAACAACAAGACCUCAUGAAUUUACUCGGAGCUAUGUAUUCUGCUGUUAUGUUCCUUGGAGGAACAAAUACUUCUGCUGUGCAAUCGGUUGUAGCAGUUGAGAGAACCGUCUUUUAUCGUGAAAAGGCAGCAGGAAUGUAUUCGGCAUUACCUUAUGCAUUUGCUCAGGUGGCUAUUGAGACCAUUUACGUCGGUAUCCAGACUUUCAUAUAUAGCCUUCUCCUUUACUCCAUGAUCGGAUUCCACUGGCAAGCUGACAAAUUCUUUUGGUUCUAUUUCUAUGUAUUUAUGUGUUUUGUCUACUUCACAUCAUAUGGAAUGAUGCUUGUGGCACUCACUCCAAGUUACCAGAUUGCUGCAAUUGUCAUGUCGUUUUUCCUCAGCUUUUGGAAUUUGUUCUCCGGUUUCCUUAUCUCAAGAACGGAAAUCCCAAUAUGGUGGAGGUGGUAUUACUGGGGUUCUCCAGUCGCAUGGACAAUAUACGGGCUUGUGACAUCUCAGGUGGGUGAUAAAACUGAACCAGUAGAAGUGCCGGGCCUUGGUGAUAUUCCGUUAAAGGAUUACCUUAAGAGUUUCCUAGGUUUCGAACAUGACUUCCUUGGAGCUGUUGCUGCUGCACAUGUUGCCUGGGCGGUCCUUUUCUGCUUUGUCUUUGCCUACGCUAUCAAGUACCUGAACUUCCAAAGGAGAUAAGGGGAAUUCUUGAAUUUCAGUAGAAUUCUGGACAUACACAUUCUUGUAUGGUGAACUAGAAUAGAUAAAGAAACGGAUCUCUGUGUACGAUUUAAAAGCAAAUUUCUGACAGCAAUGUGUAAUUUAAUACUGAUUUUCAAAUAAAGGUUUUGCCAAGUUUAAAUAAAGCUUCCUGUCGGACA